CUAAACACGUGUUACGCAUUUGUCAGUCUACCCAGCUUCUACUGACUCACAAACUUUGCUAUUAAACUCCAAAUUUUACUGUUGUUGAUAAAACGUAAACCAAAAAUAAUCCAAAUACUAGGAAAAAGCAAAAAAAGAAGUUGUUUCAUAAAUCAAACCUAACCUAUCACAUACCAGAAACAAGAGUGACAAGAUUCUAAAGAAAUAUAUUUAUAUAUUUAUAAAGAAGAAAGAAGAAUCGAAUUAAUUAAUCUAAUAUUAUUUGAGAAAGUUUAUAAACUGACAAGAAUUCGUCGAGGUACAUAGCAACAUGACGGACAUCAAAACUGCUCGGACGAUCGUCGGAGCCAUCGGAAACGUGAUCGCCUUCGGCUUGUACUCCGCUCCAAUACCAACGAUGGUGAAGAUAUGUAAGAUGAAAUCGGUGGCAGAGUUUAAGCCAGAUCCAUAUAUAGCUACAGUUAUAAACUGCAUGAUGUGGGCCUUUUACGGACUUCCUUUUGUUACACCUGAUAAUAUCCUCGUCAUCACCAAUAAUGGAGUUGGUCUUGCCAUGGAACUCGUGUAUGUCAUCAUCUUCUUCACCUUUGCUACCUCGCCUGUCCGCAAAAAGAUCACAAUAGCUAUCGUGAUUGAGGUGCUAUUCAUGGCUGUGGUGGUCUUCUGCACAUUGUAUUUUUUGCAUACAACAAAACAGAGAUCUAUGCUUGUUGGGAUCUUAUGCAUUAUUUUCAAUGUUAUCAUGUAUGCGGCUCCUUUAACCGCCAUGGCACAAGUGAUAAAGACAAAGAGCGUGAAGUACAUGCCGUUCUCCCUGUCUUUAGCCAACUUCAUGAACGGAGCCAUUUGGAUCGUUUAUUCAUGUCUUAAAUUUGACCUCUAUAUUUUGAUCCCAAAUGUUCUUGGAUGCCUAUCAGGAACAAUACAAUUAAUAUUAUACGCAAUUUACUAUAAAACAACUAACUGGAAAGACGAUGAUGAAGAUAACGAAAAUAGCAAUUCAAAUGCUGAAAUCGAGCAUUCCCAAGCUUGAUAAUUGCAGCUACGGAUUGCACUUUCCCAUUUUUUUCUUCUGUUUUACAAGAAGUACCAUCAUCGAGUGGUGAGACCAGGUUAGUAUCAGAAGAAAUGCCAACGAAAAUACAAAAAAAAAAAGUGAAGAAGAGGAACCCUUGAAGUUAAACGUCAAUUCUUGAGUACGAAUUAAGAAAGAAAGGGGUUUCAUUUUCUUUUUGGUUGAAAAUUGAAAUGAUUAUAACUUUGACAAGUUGAAUCUUUUGUAAUUUUUGUUACAUUAUUAGAUUAUUUUAUAACGUUGUUUUUUGAAAAAAAAACUUGUCCAUUACGGUUUUA